AUGGACACUAUCACCACAACUGCGACCUCUGCCUCAUCGUCUCCGACCUCCGUCUCAACUGACGCCGUAUCAGCCCGCCAUGCUAGCCCAGUUAUUGCCUUCAUAAUUGGACUCGCUAUAAUUCUCCUUGCCUCCGUUCUCAAUGCCGCAGGCCUCAAUCUCACAAAAUUAGACCAUGUUCGAACAAGCGCAGUACCGAAAGGCGCGCGCAAGAAAGACUGGAUGCGACCGUUGUGGUUGCUGGGAAUACUACUAUACAUUCUAUCACAGCUAAUAGGAAGUACAUUGGCACUUGAAUAUAUGCGUGCGGAAUAUGUUGCACCACUGGGUUCCUCUUCCCUUGUCUUUAAUUUCCUCUUUGCUCGCUUUCUAGUCGGUACCCCGGUUACGAGCACAGAUGUCUAUGGCACUAUUGUCGUUGUUCUGGGCGUGGUCGGCAUCGUUGCUUUUGGUUCCAUAAACAGCGGCCUCUCAAAUGGAACAGAUGUAGAACAUAUCACCCGAUUAUGGAGGCGUGGUGGUUGGCUAGGCUUCUUCUUCGCGAUGGCAUUCGCUCUUUUCUGUGUCCUCGUCUUCACAAGCAGACUUGACGCCGUCCUUGCUGCGAGAGCCGACUUGGAAGCUGUACCCUUUUCCAGCACGGGGACACGCCCGGGUGUCGGGCUAGGAUUGCCAGGCGGUGCGCUAUCAGGGGGUGGGCGACGUAAAUCGUUACUUGGGAGAGUUUUGGGUGUCUUUGGCGCGAUAAAACAUGGCUGGUAUGCAACUAUGGAUUGGGUUACCGAACACCUGGAAACAUGGGCUGCACCAAAAGAUGAUAAACAGGUCGCUUGGACUCUGGGUAUCGGAUGGGCUUGUUGUGGCGGAGGUCUCGCUGGUGGAUGUUUGGUAUUUGCCAAAGCCACCGUCAAGUUAUUGUCUGGUUCCCUCUCCCACCAAAAUCCUGGGAAUCAGUUUGGCCAUGCGGCUCCCAUCUUUACGAUCUUGCUUCUUGCACUUACCGCCGUCUUACAAAUCAUAUGCCUCAACCGUGGCCUAAAAGUAUACGACUCGACUCUUGUAGUGCCUGUGUUUUAUGGUGUCUAUACUGCCACAGGCUUUCUAGACUCUUUGAUCUUCAACAACGAGGUCGAUUCAUAUAAAUCCUGGACACUCUUCUUGAUUUUCCUAUCUAUCUCCGUCCUUAUUUCGGGCGUCGUUCUUUUGACACACAAGAAGCCUGAGCCAGUGACAGGGAAAACCAAGUCCGCAACUCCACGACCCAGACAACGUCGGAAAGUGGAUAAGAAGACGUCUGAAGAGGGCGGUGAGCUUGAGGGCGAACAACAUGGGGAAGGCGAAAGCUCAGUUCUUUGGGCUGUUGGCGAGGCGAGUGAUGGGGAGGAGGAUCUGGAUGAGGAUGAAGAUCUGGAUCACCACCAACACCCGUUAGGCCAGUUGCGUCAAGGGAACUCCAGUCGAAGAAAUUUAAGGGCUGGUCGAGAGGGGGUCGGCUUAAUUGAUCGCGAGGAAGGAGGGGAUCUUGAGGUAAUAGAUCGGUAUUCACAUAAAACGGAGGACGUUUGGAAACGAAGAUCAAUGGACCCCUUCCGAGACGACACAGAGCAGGAGCUUGGAGGUUCGGGAGUAAUUCGGUAA